AUCAAACAUUGUGCGGUUGUUUUUCUUUCGCUCUCAAGCUGAAAAUUGAUGCUUUACCAUGUAAGUCACUAAUUAAAUUGGGGUGUAAAUGCGUCACAACUAAUUCUGUUAUUGGAAAAUCGUGUAAUGAUUAGAUUAUUUUAUAAAUAUUUGAAUUUGAAUCCGUAACUAUGACGGAAAAUUUAAACAAGAAGCCUGCCAAAGGUAUACUCAAAACAUCGACUAGCCAUGAUCAGGCCGAAUCAAAUAAAAAUGCUGCAGAUAUAAAAUGGGAUGAAAUGAAUAUACUUCAAACUCUCCAUCCACCUGACAAAGAUUAUGGUCACAUGAAAAUAGAUGAACCUAAGACACCAUAUAGUUAUUAUGAAGAUAAGUCAGGGCAAGAAAUAUCAGGGCACGGCAGUGAUACUUUAGAUGCUGACUUAUUAGCUAAAAAGAUUAAUUUAUGUUCUGAAAAAGAAGUAAAACCUAAAGUUCUGGAUUCCCCUAGUGAAGAUGAAAAUGAUGAAGAAGAAACGGAAGAAGAAAGAGCCCAAAGAUCUGCCUUUGAGUACAAGAGAAAAAUGCAUUAUAAUGAAUUUUAUGCUGUAAAAUUAGCCAGAAAAUUAAUCGAUAAAGAUGACGAUGAACUGGAACCUGAGGAAGAAGAUAGUAAUUAAAAAAGAAAGAAAAGAAGGAAAGAAAAAAGAAAACUGUAAAACAUAAUCAAGAACAUGAAACUUUUUGCCAUUCUCACUACGAUUCCUAACAGUUUAUAUUGUAUUAACAGUUUAUUAUUUUUUUACAUAAUAGAUUGUUAGUAUUUAUAUAAUUUAUAUUGGUUCUCACAAAGAACUAUUUAAAAAUGUUAUUAUUCUUUUUGGAAUAUACGAAAUAGAGUGGCCUGAUAUUUAAGUAUGAUACCUGAGCAAGUAUCAUAUCUGUACAAGUAUGAUACCUGUAUGUUUGCUAUUUUUUGCUUUUAGUAGUUAAAAUGUAUAGAUCUGUAAAUAACAUUGAUAAGUUGCUUUUUUUCUAGAUAAACAAACAUAUUUAGUAGUUUUUUUUUGGAACUUCACUUUAGAAAUUGAUGGAAUAUAAUAAAGUAGAUAUUUGCUUACAUAUGUCAUUUCUGGUAAUCUAGAAAAUUGUUUUAGAAACUUAUUCUUAUUUUUUAAUUUAAUUGUGAUGGUAGAAGAAAAUAAAUGUUUCACAGUAUUCUUUCUUAAACUUUAUUUCAUUAUGCUAAAUGACACACUUAGUAUUCAGAUUAAUCAACACUGUAAAAAAAAAAGGUGAUAUUAUUAUUUGUUUGCUUUUACAUAUUUUAACUAAUUUAAAUUUACUUGAAUGUUAACAAAACAAUGCACUUAAGGUUGGAAUAGCAUAGUAUGUACAAUUAAUGAAUCAUUGCAAUAAAAAAAUGUUUUACUAUGUGAAAAUUCAGUAUUAUUUCUUGUUUUUAAUAUCUUGUAAUGUUCAUGUAUUUUAGUUAUUGGAGUGUUAUUUCAAAAUCAAAUGUUUUAAUAUUAAAAUAUUAUUUUUUAAAAGAAGUUUAAAUUAUGCACUAGUCUGUCGGCAAUAUUUUUGCAAUAAGAAGCCAUUUUUAAUUUAUCAGUUUAAUAUAGUGAUAUUGUUUGAUUUAGUGUUUUGAUUUUCAUUAUUUUAUUGCAGUAAAUAUUAUUACUUUUAUUUUUAUGUGAUUAAUAUUCCAUGACAAUGAUUUUUGUAUUUUAUGAGUGUGGUUUUGCAUUUAUGAUCCAAAAUGAAGAAUUAAUUGUGAUAAUAUAUUUCUUUAAAAACUGUUAUAAGCAAUUUUGAUAUUAAAACAAAAUUUUCCAGUUGUUGAUGAUUGUGUAAAAAUCUGAGUGCUAUUUAUAUUUCUAAACUUUUUUUCUUCUAAAUUUCAUGUAGGCUGCAUACUUUCAUAAAAAGUGUAUUUUUGACACCAUUUACCAUAACAUGUAUAUAUAUUCUGUAAACUUUCAUAAAACUGUGCCAUUUUGAUCUAUUCUCAUUCUAAGAAGCAUUAUAUUUCUCUCAUAUCAUUUUGUUUGAUAUGAAUUGAAUCUUACAAUCCAUGUUAUGUUUUCGUAUUUAGAGAAGAUGGGGAAAAAAAAAAAAAAAAAGCACUUGGUUUUGUGUGCAUUCUUUGUUGCAUAUGUCGUAUUGAAAUAAAAAGAAAGCUUUAAAGAUUA